AACAAAGAGCUAUCUGGUGGGCGGGAGUAUUGAGGAGGUGGAGGGGCGGGGAUGGGGUGUGCGCGCGAGGUCCGUUGUGCGUUCACUUCCUCCGCCAGCGGCCCGUUGCUGGAGCAACAAGCUAACUCCCGCCCCUUUCCCGCCUCCACGCUGCGGGGAGACCCCAGUCCAGCAUCGGCCGCAAGGCCAAGGCCAGCGUUGACCAAGGCUGUGGGGAGAGGAGACGACCUCCCUCAGUCCCUCACGCGGACUCAGGGCCUCACCCACCCACCACUCCCGGACCUCAGUCAGACCGGGGAGCCACCACGGGAGUGGAUUGAAUCAACAUUCUCAAUACUGGCCAUUGUGAAAACUUAAAGAAGGAAAAGAAUUUAACAACUAUAUCUAACCUAUAACAAAAUCACCAUGUCUGAUGAAUUGGGUAGCACUAUUUUGGCCUAUACCAAGAGUCCAAAAGUCACUAAAAGAACUACUUUUCAGGAUGAAUUAAAGAAAGCAGUUUCAUCUCGCACAGCUCUACAACAAAGUGAAGAUUACUCAGAUGAUUUUGACAGUGAUGAUGUUGGUUCUUUGGGAGGUUUUUCUGACACAUCAACAGAUGAAAAGUCAACUAAUGAUUUUUAUGUGUCAGAUGAUGAAGAAAAGGAUUCUCCAAAAAUGACUUUUUUGAAAACGAAGACAACAAAUAGCAAUGUGACAAAACAUUUAGUUAUAUUUCCCAUCAAAACAGAAGAAGAAGCAGGACCAGAUACUUUAGAAGAAUUUGAAAUUAAUUCAUUGAAGCCUCAAAUAAAAGAUCAUGAAAUUGAACAGGAAGAAAUGAAAACAAAAUCUACGCCUAGGCUAGUCAAAUUUGUAUCAUCAGAAGACAUCAGCAACCUUGAAAAAGAUACUAAUGUUAAAUUACCUUUACCUCGGCUAAGAGGCAUCUUAAGAAAGACCAGCCAUGUGGGUGAUAAAGAUGUACCAGAAGAGGAAGAUAACCCUGGUUUUGCCAAAAUACAAUCUUCACAUUCUGCACCUUCAUCUCUGAUGAGGCUGAGUGGCAAAAUGUUAGAAAAUGAGCAAAGAACGCUCUCUGAAAGCCCCAAUUCUGAGGGUCCUUGGUUAACAAGCCCACAAACAUCAUUAGCAAUUCCUUACCAGCUAUCAAAUGCUGAAAAUCUUGGAGACUACCUUUUCCCUGUACCAGCAGAAAGAUCUUCUAAAAAAGAUCAAGAAAAAACAGUAGAUGAAAACCAUAAUAUUAUGAAAUCAGAAGACAGUAAUAAUAAGUGUUCCCCUGCAGAAGAACUAAUGGUGAGUAAUACUUUGGAGAAAGCAGAAGAAAGUCAAGAAACCAUCGAUGAGCUUAAAAAAAACAUGGAAUUACAAGUGUUUGUGGAUGAGGAUAGAAAAUCUGUCACUGCAGAUGCAUCCCUUAAGAAAAAAAAUGAAGAUAAGAAUAUGAAGAAAACAUCUAAAAGAACAAAAUCAAGCAGGACAAAACCUCUGCCUACAACUGUAUCUUCCCAGUACCUGGGGACUUUAAAGAUCUUGGACCAGAAACCUGCACAGAAACAGAGUUUAGAGCUUGACAAAGCUGAUUCCAUACGAGUUGCUGUUUAUCAGGAUUGGCUUGUAAAGAAAAAUUUAUGUUUUCAAGAACUUCAACGGAUUAAAAAGUAUGAAGCUGAAAAUUUAAGAAUACAGAAUGAACAGAAAGGAGCCAAGAGAGAGGAAGCAUCAGCAUCUUUUGAAGCAUGGAAAGCCAUGAAAGAAAAGGAAGCAAAGAAAAGGGCUGCAAAAAAGAAACUUGAGGAGAAAAAAAUGAGACAAAUUGAAGAGGAGAAUGCUGAGAAGAAGGGAGAAGCACAAAGGGCUUUUGAAAAAUGGAAAGAGAAAAAGUUGGAAUACCUUAAAGAAAAACACAAAAAGGAGAGAGAAUAUGAAAGAGCAAAGAAAAAGAGAGAAGAAGAAUAUUAUGCUGAAAAGAUAAAAGACAAUUUGUCAGCUGUUGAAAAAUGGCAUGAGCAAAAAGACUUUCUCAUCAGGCAGAAGAUGAAAGAGAAAAUAAAUGAAAGAAAAAAGCAAGAAAUAAAAAGAGUUGAAAAAGAAGAUAAAGAUAAAUUGGCUAUUAAUGAAUAUGAAAGGUGGUUGGAGAAGAAAGAAAAAAAACAAAAACAUGAGAAAAAACAAAAGAAACAUCUUGUUCUUUAUGCAUCUGAAUCAUUUCCUCAGUGGAGUUCUCCAAGAAAACUUGCACCAGCAAAUAUUUAAGAAUUCUACUUCCAAUCCUGUCCAGUCCUUAUUUAACAGUAACCAAUUUAAAAAAAAAGCUUUGUGAACACACUUUGUAUAUUUUAUUUUUAGGAUGGAAAUUCUAUUUAAAUUGCAAUUCCAGAAGACUGCUGUAAUAUAAAAAGUUGUUUGGAGUUUAAUGAUGAAAGCACUAUAUAGGCUAUAGAUAAGCAGGUUGCCUCAAAAGCCAAGCUGUAGAUUAUUCCCAUUUAGACAAAAAAAAUUUCUAUCAUGCCCUUUAAAUUCUCCACAAUUAGAUGACUUUAGUGUUGGUGAAUAUGUAUAUCUCUGAUCCCUUUAUGAAACAUAAUCAUUUUAUUUUGCAAACCCUCAAGGUACUAUGAUUAUCAAGGUGCUUUUUAAAUAUGUGAAUUGAUAGUACUUUCAGGUAUAUUUUUUCAUAUUUGUUCACUGGAAAAUAUGUGUAGCAUUUCUUUUAUCUUAAAGCUAUUAUAGUUGCACUGAAGAAUUUUGGAAGUAUGCCAAGUCACUUUUUGGUAAGUGGAGACUGUUGCUCUAUCAAACUACUAAUAAUCCUCAGAUCUUCUCUUUAAAGAAUCAUCUUGCUAUUUCCACUUAUUACCCCAAAACAAACUUGCAGUUUUUAAAAAUAAGUGCACUUUAUCACCUCUGUUCUGGGUUCAAGUGACACUCACAAGCAGUUUUUUAAAACCCCUCUUCUUCCUUCCAAACUCACUUUCCUUCUUGUUCCAUAAUUACCCCAGAGGGACUAAGUGCUCAAUAAUACUAUAGUAUUGUCUUUAUUCAUUUGUCAAAAAAUUCCACAGGAGUUCAAAGACAGCGCCAUUAAUAUUUUCCAAGAAGGCAGUAAUUUGACAGUGGCAGUUCUUGUGCCACCUUGCCUGGUCCUCCUUGUGACUGAGGGCAUACAUUUGAAAGCUAAGUGGCCAAGGACAAGUGUGCGGGAGUUGGCAAUAGAACCAUCCUCCCCUGCAUACAACCCUUUGGAUUCAUCAGCACCAUGGGGUUUUUUUGUUUUGUUUUGGUCUUUUUUUACUAACUGAGCUACAGAUGAAACAGAUGAAAUAUGUGUACUCAGAAUGGAAUACAUAGAAAGUAAUAGGAAAAUUGUAAAGUAUGGCAAGAUUUUGGUAUUGAAACAGCCUUAUAAAAAGUAUUUGGACUCUCACAGCCAAAGAGCAGGUUUAGCUGUCCAAAGACAUUCACCAACAUAGAAAAGUAAUAGGAAAAUUGUGAAGUAUGGCAAGAUUUUGGUAUUGAAUCAGCCUUAUAGAAAGUAUUUGGACUCUCACAGCCAAAGAGCAGGUUUAGCUGUCCAAAGAAAUUCGCCAUGAAGAAAUUGGUGGUUUUUAAGGUGAUGUUGUACCCAUCCAAUGUAGUUGUUAUCAUUAGUUGAAUGAAGUUAGGAUUUCAAAUAGUAUCAAUUUUAUUCAGACUUUUACACAACAGUGUUUCACAACAUAGUAGGCUAAAAGUUGCUCUCGGGCUAGCCUUCUGCAGAUUAACACUGCAGAUUAAAAACAUUAUUCAUCCUUCAGACUGUCAUCUAGGAGUUUAUGGCUACACUAAUGAUUUAAUUCAUUCCACAGAACCUGUGAAAUGUUUGCAAAGUCAGUAGCACUGUUACGGGAAUCAACAGUAUGUUUUAAGGAGGAAAACUUCUUUUUAACUCUAAACUAGAGUAAUCCUGCAUCUGGUGAAAGUGCUUUAUCAAUAUAUCAUCUGAAGGAUAUCACUGAAUUGUGAAAAGAUCAACAAGUAACCAGAACCUAGCAAGUUGUUCAAUGGUGCCAGUGUGAUUUGGUUUCAGUGCUAGCAGUAUGUUCUGUUUGGGGCUGUAAGGCUUUCUUUUUGUCUGUGAGAUUUCAUGAUUGCAGUGACAUUGUGGAGUUAACAUUAAAGAUUUGCAUAAUCUUCCUCAGAGUUUUGUGAACUCCCCGUACUUAAUAUUAAAUGUGUAUAUUUUCAGUUGCUUGGCCUCAUUAUUUAUUAACUUCCCUUUUUCUGUCAAGGGUACCACCAUCCCUCCAGUUACCC